AUGACAACGGUGGCGGAAAUUGUUGAAGUACCAACUUAUGUUUCUGACGAUGAGGUGGAUAAAAGUGAAACUGUAGAUAAUGGAAACAAGAAACGAGCAAAAAAGAGACAACGCAAUUGGGUAGAAGAAAUGGUGUUUAACAACACCGAAGAAGCUGAAGAAGUGGUGAUCAAAGAAAAUCAAUGGAGUUAUCAUUAUACAAAUACAACAGCUGCAGGAAAAAAGAAAUUUUUUAGAUGUAAUAAAGCCAAAGCUCGUGGUAAACAAUGUGAUGCUGGCAUUUAUUUAUUAUUUGAAUCUACAAACGAUAAAGUUGUUUUAUUUCGUACCACAUCAGACCAUACUCAUGAUGACAUACAAGAAAAACCUUCAAGAAUACCAACUGAAGUAAAAAAAAUUAUACAAGAUUUAUUUGAAUUAAAAUUGAAACCGAAAGCAAUAGUCGAAGUACUUCAUGAACGUGGAAUAGCACUACCAAGCAUUCACCAAUUAAAUAAUUUUUUAAGAACCAUUAAAAGUACAAAACUAGGUCCAACUUCAAUUAGUCUUGGUGAAAUUGAACAAUGGUGUCUAGAAUCAAGUCAAUCAAUUCCAGAAUCAGACGAUACUCCUUUUGUUGCAUCAUAUCAAAUUAUUUAUGAUGAUGAAAAUGAAAACGAAGAUAUUGAUGAUGAUGAUAUUAAUGAAAACAAGUUUCGAUUUUUUAUUACAACAAAAAGACUUCUACAAAUUGCUUCGAGAUCAAAAAAAAUUCAUGCUGACGCAACAUAUAAAUUGUUGUGGCAAGGAUUUCCAGUUCUCAUUGUUGGUACAACUGAUCUUGAUCGACACUUUCAUUUAUUUGGCAUGGCUGUUUGCUCCAAUGAAGCAACACAGGAUUUUAGAUUUAUAUUUCGUGCUUUACAAGAAGGUUUACAAAAGUUGAAUUUAGAAGAAAUUAAUCCAGAUUUUUUAAUCACUGAUGGUGCUGAUGCCAUGCGUAAUGCUUUUCAAGAUGUUUUUGGAGAAAAACCAAUGGUAAUGUGUUGGGCGCAUAUGCGUAGAAAAGUGGUGAAAAAGAUAGAAUCAAUGGUGGAGAAAUCGAAACAAGAAGAUUUGGUGAAUGAUAUAGAAUCAUUACAAUUAGCGCAAAAUGAACGUAUAUUUAUGAAAGCUUCAACUUUAUUUGUUAAAAAAUGGUCAAAAACAGAACUAAAUUUCAUAGAAUAUUUCCAAAACGAAUGGCUAACAACACAUAAUGCAUGGUAUGAAGGAGUUGGCCAUUUUACACCAAGUACGAAUAAUGCUUUAGAAGCCAUAAACAAUGUUAUAAAAAAGGAAAAUACACUUCGUGAACGUCUACCUGUAUCAAGAUUUAAAGUAUUAGCAUUUGAAAUUGUUGAAAAAUGGUCGAAAUGUUAUGAACGAGGUUUAAAACAAUACAAUUACAAGCAAACAAUCUCAUUGGAAUUAUGGACAAGUGGGUAUCAAUGGGUUAAAUCAAACAAAUCAAUACUUUCGACUGAAUGUGAUAAUUUAGUUCAAUAUUAUAUACCUGCUGGAAAUGAAACAAAAAUUACAAACGGCGAAAUUGAUGUAGUGAAGAAAAUGAAAUGGUACUCCUUUGAUCAAUAUAAAAAGAAAGCAUUCAAUAUUUGGUCUGUUACAUUACCAGUAGAUAAAUUAAAAUGGUUAGAGGGUGUGUGCAAUUGUCCAGCAUUUUUCAAAAAGUUUAUGUGCAAACAUGUUGUCGGAAUGGCAAUUAGAUUAAACUACUGCAAACCACCACCUGCUGCUAAAAAUAUUAAAAUUGGUGAAAAAAGACGUCGUGGUAGACCAGCAAAAUCCAAAAAGGCGUUACUGAUGCAAUAA